CGCCACGCCUACCACGUACCUGUGGAAAUCCUAUGUCUGAGAAAGGAAGGACAGUCCCCGACUUACGUGUGGGUUUCGGUUCCCGAGGCUCGUUCAUAAGUCGAGCAGCUCGUCUGCAGGUGUAACGUGGAGAGCAUUGGAAAAGUGGUUUACGCUCAGAACUACAAUGCCAGCGAACUAAACUCGAGUCCACUCCCGACCAAAGUAAACAGUGGUGAGUUGCCAUUGGAGAGGCACGUGACUGUCACGUGCCUCUCCAAUGGCAACUCAAACCAGGCCUGGUUUGACAAGAACGUUCUGGUGCAUGGCCAUGAAGAUAAUCCUCUAUUCAUAUUAUUUGUUACUGAGUGUACAGGCAUUAGUUGUCCAGACCCCAAGCAAAGUCGCCGUCCAGUCUGGCGAGACCGCGUUCCUGAGCUGCCAGUAUACUUGCAACACAGUCGGUGUGACAGACACCGUGGUAGAAUGGUCGAGAGACUCUGGAUCACGGAGUGAGAAGGUGCUGGUGAACGACGGCUCGAUUCGGCGCUACAACCCAAGGGCCGAGUGGCAGGGCAGCACUGAGAGCUGCAAGGCGUCCAUCACAAUGGCCAGCGUCGAAACGUCGGAUACCGGCUCGUACAAGUGCGAUGUGCUACUGCUGCCCAUGUAUAACGAAGGUCAAAGCUCGCUGCAACUUUGGGUGUCGAAUCGCCCAGAGGGGACUACAGCUAUUCCCACAGCAACCUCAAGCAAUACCGCAUUAUCCAGCUGGACAGAACCACCACCGACCUCGGUCAACAACAUACCCGUGAUCAUCGCAGUGUCAGUGAUCCUGAUCGUUGUCGUUGUCAUUGUGGUCGUUUUGGUUACCGUGUGCCUCAGGCGCAAAGGCAAAAAACAGACCCAACGAAGAAAUGCUGAUAAAAUGAAGAGAUUGGAUGAAGCAGCUACCCUUGCUCCAGAUACCAAAACAGAGGAACGAAGAAAAAGCGGGGAAAACGAAGAAUCACAAAGUAUGGAAAUGAAAUCUUUUGAAGACUUUUGAAUGGAACACAUAAUUUAUGCACUGAAUAUUUCCAUUUCUACAGAAUAAUUAUAAUUAAAAAAAUAUCGCAUAACGUGUAUUGUGAGAUCGCUGCUCUAAGGGAUGUUGGUCGUCGUGAAGCAACUCCACCCCCCACUGUUUCCCAACCAAAACCACUUUCACGACGGCAGAGCAGCCCGGUCGUGUCAGGGGCGUGGCAUAAUGGAAAUAGGCGGGGCCUAAAAAAGGAAAUUCGUGGAGCAAACGGUAGCUCAACAAAGUGGCGUAUGCAUAAAUGUAUAGCAAGUCAAAUAAUCUACACGCAUGUUUCUAAAUGUGGGAGGAAAAAAAAACGGACACGGAUAAAAUCCAAGUGACCACGAGGAAAAAUGCAAACUACAAAUGGCAUGGUCAGUGGGGGUCGAACCCAGCCCCUCCUACACACCAGGCGACGGAGAUAACGUCUCGCCACCUCGCCACCGAUGGUCUUGAAAUCAGUGAGGGUGGGGCACAGAGUAAGGCAAGUGUUGGUGGAGCCACGCAUUUUGUGAAAAUCCCAAACACGUUGGGCUGCAAGCUUGCCAGGCGAUUGCAAUAGAGCAAGUUGGUUUAUGAAUCAGUAUGCGAGACCAAAAUGUGAGAUUUUAUCCAACUUCUCUUUCUACCUCCCACAUAAAGCCGAAGACUCAUAAAUGGGCUUGGCCAAACAUGCCAAUUGAACAGGACUGACUACGCAGCGGUUAGUGCACUUCACUGUGAACACAGCCAUGAACAUGAGUUCGAUUCUGGACCACGGUUUGCACCAAUGGGGAGUGACGUUAAUCUGUCCUGUGCACCUCCCUUCACCAAGCAGCAUUGACCAAGGUGAAUAUUGCUUUCUGUCGCACCUCCAGUCCCUCUCUCACGUUGAACUUUGCCGUCAGAUCAACAUUGUCAGAAUCUAAAUAGAUAUUUUUUUAUUCUCUCGCCGGCCCCUCCAUGUCCUUACAAAGUUCAAUGUGUGCGCGUUACAAAUUACAUUAAUGAACAAAUGAACAGCGUGGUGAUGGAGUACGGUCAAAGAACCAACAUGACCGAUAUCGCACGGGGACGCCUUCAUAUCACAGUGGCUUAAUAAAGGGCUGAUUGGCAAUGAGAAUGAUGAGAUGCAUCUUGAUGCUUCAUGAAGACACUUUGUGUUGUAUUGGCUAUAGCUACCCAAAGACUAGAGCAAAACUCAAGUCGCUCUCAAACAAUAGCAGUCGUUUACCUCUUGGUCGCCAUGGAAUAUGUAAAUUCCACAUUUCAAUGUCUGAAGGUGAUGACAACUCAUGGAAAAGUUAUUCUUGUAUCAAGCCAUGUGUCUAAUUCUAGCAUACAGUAUGUAAGUUGAAAUUACAUAAGUACACCAAUUCCCAAGCUUGGUCAAGGCAGAAAAGCAACAGAAAAAGUCCAAAACCAAAUCAAGGCAACACAGUCCCGUGAUAAAAUUGCACAUUACAAUUAAAAGUCACCAAUAACAUGUGGUUAUACCUGCUUGAGAAUGUUUUGAAAGAAGCUUUACGGUGCUAAGGGAGGAAACGUUCCAAAACGUUGGUGCUACAAUGGAAAAGGCUUAAUUUAGAGGGCAUCCAUGUUGGUUCGGUAAUUUAGCGGAUGUCCAUGUUGAUGUGUUUUAGCCAACGUGACGGUGGCAUCCUUAUCCUACCGGUGUUAAGGUCUCUUUCCCACCUGCUCGGCUAUUUUGUUCCUUGUCUCGUACAAUAGCGCUGGCUGCUGUCUACAAAGUGCAACUACAAGGAACGGCAGUGUACACGUCGAGGGACGACAGUACGGUAUUUACGAGCGAUAAAACAUCUCGGCAAAGCUCAUGCAGGGGGCCAUCUGGAAUCCCCAGGGACCUGCGAGUAGGUUCCAAUAGGGGGGCGUGGCGAGGGCGGAUCAAGACCACGCCGGGAGCAUAAGAGGGGGCCCUGAUCCCCUCGCCGUGCUGUUGGUUCGUCACCACCGUCGCCGCCGUCUUCACCAUCACUGGGCGUCGCGAGUUAGCCUGCCAACUGUUCUAGCUAGAGCCGCCGACAAUAGACGGCUGUGUACAUAUAUAGUGUGCACCUACGUAGGGUGCGUUUAGCACCCAUUGUGAGUAAAGAAUAAGAGGUGCCUCCAGUAUUACUGUCUCCGACAUGCGUCACUACACUUGUAAUGUAUACUCUUUGGUUCUAUUCGGUAAAGUCACGUAUGAAUAGAACCAGAGUAUGGAUCCUUGCAGUCACGAAAGCUUCAAAUCUAGAACUUGUAAUGUAGUUGUGCAUGUCCACAAGAGGGCAUCACGUGAAUUGUGCACAUCCUUUAGCCCUGACCCUAAUAUGUAAUUAACAGUCACCUCAACCAUAUACUAAUCCCUAACUCUAAACCCGAACUCCCUAAAAGUAACCCUAAUAAACCAUAACCCUAUUCCUAACCACUAAACCCUACCCCAAUCCUUCAACCAAUCGGAGGCGGUAGAGGACGUGUGAAUUGCAGUGACACCACCAGAAUGUGCAUGGAUAGAAAGUUCAUGUCCUGUUUGAUGGCUUGGACUUCACUUAUUAAAACAAAUUGAGUGAAUCAAUAACGUCAAUGGGUAAUGAUAAUUCACAUGUAAACAUCCAAUUAUAAUUUGGUGUUUACAUAUGAAUUCAAUAAAUGUAACUGUUGGAUUCCUGGAAGUGACAGUUUUCCAUGUACUUUAACUGUUUGACCAAGUGAAAUAAUACAGGUUUUAUACUAGUUAUAACGUUUAUAUCCUUGCAGUUCCAUAACACGUAAUUUACCCUAACAUUUUGCAGUGAAAGCUAGGGUCAUUUUGUGAACAAUGUAAUACUGUUGAGUUUCAAGUCUUGCGAGUUCUGCGGGGACGGUGUUAAAAGUCUGUGGAUGGUAGAGAUUUCUUCCAAUAAUCUUCUCCAGGCACUUGACUCAUGUUCCAGAAAGUUAACUUGAGGAUGACAUCUAUUUUUUUAAUCUAUCCACUUGGUGUGGCAGGUAUUUUAUUGUGGCCGUGUAUGGUUUAAGGUUCUAACAGCGUUAUUCUGUCUUGUUCUAGGGAUUGCCCAUUGUGGUGUGUGUCGCAUUGUCAAUUAUCAUUUAAGACUGAUACAACAUUUUACAAUACUGUCAAGUUAUCUUGCAGAUGUUGUGGAUGCACCCAAACUUUCUUAAACUGUAAUACAACAGAUUGUUGGAUUCUUCA